AUGGAGGAAUGUGAGAUUUCGGACACUGAGAUAACCAAGCUUACAGAGUUCCAGGGUGAGGCUUCAGAUGUCAUCAGUCAGGACGAUGAGGACGAAGUGGAGGAACUGCAAAACAGUCUACGGGAGGUUAUCCAGGACCAUUCUGUGAAGCCCAAACUCCAGUGCCUGAUGGUGGAUCCUUCAUUCUCCAUGGUGACUGUCCAGAGCGAGGACAGUGGUAUAGUGUGGGAGACAGCAUCUAGCCGCUGCUCUACUCCUUGGGCCUCUGAGACCAGCUCCAUCUCGGAAGCCUGCAACAUGGAAGGGUCUGGAUCUGCCGGGAAAAUCACCAUCAUCUUUGAUGAGGACAAAGUCGUUCGCAGAAGAACGAGGUCAGGAAGAAGCAGCAGAUUGAGGGACAGACUGACCAGAACUGGCACUUCAAGAUCAGCCUCAGCUCUGGGAGUGGAGAGACCCGAGAUGGCAGAAGUGUCGCUUCCCAAUGUCAAAGAACAUCGGAAUGGAGCAGAGACAGAUUUGGAAGAGAUCAGAAACAGAGAUCAGCAGUUGUUUAGUUUGAUUUCAGAGGGGUACGAGAUUCUUAACAUCAGAGUCCCAUCCAAACUUCCCACAGUUGAUGAAGAGGAGAGCACAGAACUUCAGGACAACUUGACUUACUUAGACGAGACUCCCAAGAUCAGAUCUCGAUCCCACCUCAACAAAACCACCCAGAACAAUAGCCCUUCCGAAGAGGUGAAAAUACAGGAGUCUAUUGAGCAACAGUCCACAAAUGAAGACACUCUGUCUUCGCUGGACACUGAGCUCAAACACACAUCUAUACCACAAGACGGCUCCAAAGACAUUGAUUACUUUGAGAAGUUUACCCUGGUGGAUGAGGUGGUUCCGGGACAAAAGUCUCCAGAACUUAAGGAGCAGGUGGAAGAACCAUUGCUGGAAUGCACAGUGGAGUCAAUGCCUGCAAAGGUAGACAAAGACAAUCCAUCAGAGUCAGAGGACUCAUUCGUCAUGGUGACAGAAGUCGAGAUAGUUGGUGAACACCUGGACGAGGUCUUCUAUGGAGAAGGAGCUCCUGCAAACGCAAUGCAGCAAAAAGUGGACGAGGAAGUAAAAGGUUCCAGAGUGAGAAGAGACAGUCAGAGAUCCAUGAAGGAGAGCGGCUCGGUAUUGUUUGGAAGUGAAGAAACCACACUCACGCCUAUUUAUAUCUCCCCUGGACCCCCUAAGAUAAUUGAUCCCAUUCUGCUGGAAGAACCCACCGCCAUGUCCUUCAUGUACUCUGACCUUUAUGAGGAUGCUGUAGGUGAGAAGAGAAAGAGUGAUGAGGAAUACUCCGAGGUAGAGAGUGUGGCAUCUGAGAAAUCUUUUAAGAAAUGUUUUUCAGAUUCAGAGGAGGCAGAGGGAUACCUGGAAAAGUUCAUUUUGAAAGAUGAUACCCCUACUGUGGACAUUCCAGUGGAUGCAGUGGAGGAUAAAGGAGACAGGAGGCUGAUAUGGUCUCAGAGUAAGUUUGAAAUGACAGGCUGUCUUACAAGAGCUGUGGAAGAGGAACAAGACAAGGACAAGGCAGAGGAUUCAAAACAAGUUGUCAACACUGAAGUAGUAAAAGAUUCAGACGCACCAAAGUCAAAAGAGCAUGGUCCAGAAAAGGCAGGCAAAGAAGUACAUCACUCUGAGGAUAGUGAAGAACAACUUGCUCAUAGAGAUUUAAUUCAUGAAGAUAGUCUGAAGAAGGAAGAGGGGCAGGCGACGGAUCAAAUUCCUGACUCUAAGAUUGUAACGGUAGAGACAACAUAUGAACACCAAAGAAAUGAUCACGUUAAUGAUCAAAGUCAAAGUAAAACACAAGAGAAGCCUCAGACUCAUGCUGUGCCGGAGCAGAAACCUGAUAUUUCACCGACUGUAACUGAUCUCCUUCAAAGCGAAGACACAGUGGGGGACACCUAUGAGACAGAAGUAGUUAUUGAUAAGGACAUCCUGGAGGAGAUCCUAGCAGAAGGAGCAGACAGAAAUAUGGAGGCUUUAAAAGUGACACUAGAAGAGAAAUAUAAGAAAAUGGAGCUUGAUCCCAAGGAACCUGCAGUUGAGGGCUUUACUGAUUGUGAACCCAUGGUGCAUGCAGUUGUGAAAAUAACUGAGAAGACUGCUGAUGAAAACCUGACCCAGACUAAGGUCCAAAUUGAUCUUCAGGAGGUAACAAGUACUCCUCAAAAAGAAACGCUCACACAAAACGUUUCAGUGCCCGAGUCGGUUUGUUUUGCGCCUGACACAGAGUUGGAGGUCAUAACCAAAAUGGAUGAACAAGAGGCCGAUUCAAGUAACACACAACAGGAAAUGAAUGCACAUGAGUACCAGAUCCCUUCAAAAGACAACAAAGCUGACACUUUGAAGACCGAAAGAGACGAUGACUUGAUUGUCCUUGUUCCCAAAGGUCAAGCUGUGGAGAUGGAUAUAGACAUGAGUCCAAGCUCAGAGAGGAUAACCAAAUGUGAAACAGUAAAUCUCCUUGAUCCAGACACAGAAUAUGAACAAAUAACUAAAUCUGAUCACCACACCAUAGAAACGCUAGCAGUGCCUCAGCCGGAAGAACCAAUUGGAAAGUCUGAAUAUUUGAACAGUACGCCUUCACCUACACCUUCACUAGAAAAGGCAGGGAAAGAUGAGCUGGAGGCCAAGGAGGACAAAGAUGAUCUUUUUUCCCCUCUGAGGAGUUUUGCCCCACAAGAAGAUUUAUCUCUGACCCAGGAAGAGAACCUUCAAUCAGAUGCUGCAGGCAAAGAAGAAAAUGGAGAAGUUGCAAUAGAAAGAGAAAUGAGCCCAGAGACCGAUUUUUACAUAGAGUCCGAGGGCAAAACUAAAGCUCAAGAUGAGAUAUCUGAAGAUAUUCCAGAGUUGACAUUUGAGAUUAUAACCGAACUGGACACCAGCGAGCAAACGGAACUUGGAGGAUGGGAAGAUGUACAGGAACCAGUGUUGGUGUCGGUUCAGGAGGUUGAGGAAGAGAGAGAUGUGAAAGACUUUCAGGACGAGGAGCUCAUUGAGGCCGAUUAUGACAUCAUUGAUGCUGAGGAGCAGCUUCACGCCAGACUGGCUGCUGAGCUACAAGGCAUGGAUUGGUUCUGUCUCACCUGUCAGUCUUUGCUGUCUAAGGAAGACUGUGAUUCUGGUGACCAUGAUGGCCAUGAGGUGACUGCAGUGGACAAAGCCUUUGAGGAUGUCAAGGAGCGACUCAGUGACUGGAUCUCAGAGCUACAGGGGAGGUCUGAGAACAUCGAGGACCUGGUAUCUGAACUGGAGUUGGCCUACCACUCUGUGGAGGAGAACUUGCACAAUUGCGAGGCAGCCAUGCAGGCACAGAAUGACGAGAUGAUGGCCUUGGUGAUGCAGCAGUAUAACGACAUGUCUGUCAACAUGGAAGAGGAGAAGAAGGCCAAGCUGGAGCAGCUCUACGAUCAGAUUGUCUCCUUUCAGGAAAGCAUCGAUUCAGCCAAGGCCACCCUGGAGACUACAGCCAGAGAGGCUGACGCCGAAGCUCGGACUCCUGACGACAUUCAUGCAAGGCUUAAAGCAGCUCUGGAGUCAACCAUGUCCCUGGAAUUGGGCUCCAAGGGAUUACUGGUAUUUGAAGAUUACGCCAAAGGCAACGCCUCUAGCCCGCAGCUGGCGCAACGAAAGGGAAUUCCAGUCCCUCAGAGGCCCAUCCUGGAGCCCCAGGAGGCUGGAUUGGCCACUAGCACUAGUGUCACUGUUUACUGGAGGGUCAAUCCCGGAGACAUCAUUGACUGCUUCCAGGUCUACUGCAUGGAAGACCCACAAGGAGCUGUGUCUGAGGAGUACCGUGUGACUGUGAAGGAAAGUUACUGUAACCUGGAGGAGCUGGAGCCUGAUAAGUCUUACAAGGUGUGGGUCAUGGCUGUCAACUACACGGGCUGCUCUCUGCCUAGCGAGAGGCGCGUCUUCACCACAGCACCGUCAGUACCAGUAAUUGAUAGCGAACGCUGCACCGUCACGUGGGACUCAGCCAAGCUCAGAUGGAGUCCGGCAAAACAAAACCCUGGACAGAGUUUCAUCCUGGAGUACUGUCGCCAGUAUGAGCUGGAAGGAGACGGGCUUAGAUCGAUAGCAGGCAUAAAAAGCUGUGAACAUGGAGUUUUGUUGCAACCAAAUGAGAAUUAUCUGUUUUACGUCAAAGCUGUGAAUGAAGCUGGAGUCAGUGAACAAAGUGAAGCUGCUCUCAUUUCAACUAAAGGAACUAGAUUUCACCUGCUAAAAGCUUCAGCUCAUCCAGCUCUGGAGCUGUCAGAAGACCAAACCUCUGUUUCCUUGUCAAAAGAUGCUUAUGAGCGUGUGUCAUCCACAGAAAAACAGCCUCCAUUCAUCUUAGGUGAGUUAUUGCCAGCGAGAGGACACCACUACUGGGAGACCACAGUGUCAGAAUGUCCAGCUUACAGACUUGGAGUAGCACACAUCUCAGCCCAAAGAAAAUGCUUCCUGGGUGAAAACAAGCUGUCAUGGUGUUUACAGUGCAUCCCAUCACCAUCUGGUUGCAGGUAUCAAAUGAUCCACGGUGCAACUCAGUCCAGCAUGUUUGUCAUAGAGUCGCCUGAACGGGUGGGUACGCUCCUGGACUACCAGCUGGGUCGUCUAUGUUUCUAUAAUGCCCAAACGGGUCAAGCGUUGGGGUCAUUCAGGCACAGCCUCACCGGACCGUGUCACCCUGUUCUGGCCCUGGAAACGCCGGGUCGGCUAGAGGUCGGAUUUGUGCCGGAAUUGCCUGAGUUUGUCCGAGGCUGCUAG